AUGAUUAAUAAAGCAAAGAUUACUAAUAACAAACCUGGUGCCUCUCUUACGAGAAAAUAUCCAAGUUCAACUACACAUGCUACAUCAAAUACACAAUGUCAAAAGUGUUUAGAAUUUGGUCACUGGACAUAUGAGUGUAAAAAUAGUAGAGUUUAUAAAGCACGUCCUACAAGAACUCAACAACUAUCAAAACCUUUAAAACCAAUAGCUGUUGAACUUCCCGAGGAAUUUAAAUCAAAUAGUAAUCGAGUUGAUAAAAGGAUGAAGGAGGAUAAGGGCGUGGAUGAUAUUAGAAUUGGUGGUGGUGAUGUUAGAACUCGCGACGAUAAAAAAAUUCCUGCCGCUGCUGCGGUUGAUAGAAGAAAAUAUUUUGAUGAUAUUGAUAAAAGAUUUGAUGGUAGAGGUAGUGGAUAUGAUAGAAAAUAUGAUGGUGGUAGAAGAAUAGGUGAUAAAACAUACGAUGAUAAAAGUCACCAUGAUGAUAGAAGCGAUGAAUAUGAUAGAAGAUAUGAUGGUGAUAGAAGAAUGAGUGGUAAAACAUACGAUGAUAAAAGUCGUGAUGAUAGAAGUGGUAGAAGAUAUGAUGGUGAUAGAAGAACGGGUGAUAAAACAUAUGAUGAUAAAAGUCGUGAUGAUAAAGAUGGUAAAAGAUAUGACGAUGAUGGAAGAAUUAGUGAUAAAACAUACAAUGAUAGAAGUCGUAACGAUAGAGGUGGUGGAUAUGAUAGAAGAUAUGAUGGUGAUAGAAGAAUUGGUGAUAGAACACACGAUGAUAGAAGUCAUCGCUUAGUGACAUUAAAUAAAUCAUUGGGAUUAAUAAACUAUCCGAAUUUUUUGGAUCAAAUACAAUCACAAGUUGAUUCACAUUGCAAAUUUUUGUUGGCUGUUACAAUUGGUCAUCAAGAUAUUCUAAUAAAAGUACUCGUAUCCGUUCAUUAUCAUUUUAAUUCAAAAGUUUGA